AUGUACACCAACAUCGCCCUCGCUCUUGCUCCCCUCCUCUACCUCGCCCGUGCCGACGUCAGCCUCGAUCGGGACGACAUCCCCCGGGCCUGCGAUGCCAUCUGCGACCCCAUCGUCGAGCUGACCCGCAAGUGCGACACCGACCUCCGCGGCGACCGGGACCGCGAGGAGGACCGCCUCGAGGCUCAGUGUGUGUGCACAAACGACUCUUUUGAUGUUGGCCGCAUCGCUGCUCUCUGUGCGGACUGCAUUCGCCAGAACUGGCGGGAUGAUGAUGAUGACGAUGACGAUGAUGACCAGCGUGAUCAUAUGGAGGACAUUGACGACAUCCUCUACACCUGUGGCUUCUCCUCCACCAGCUACGUAGCCUCGUCUGCCUCUGCCAUCGUCGCCAGCAUCACUGUCGAGGCCACUCGCCCCACCGACGCCAGCCAGCUCACCACCACCAUCGUCGGCGGCACCGCAGCCCGCGGAACCGACAGCGCCGCGACAGCCACCCGCAACAACGACAACACCGAUGACAACAGCGCUUCUGCCACCAACGACUCUUCCAGCCCGGAUGAGACCAACGCUGCUGCCGGUCUUACACCUUAUGGUGUCGGCGCUGCUGUUGUCGGAGCUGCUCUGAUGCUUGCUUAG